GGGAGGAAGCGCGACGAGACGAGGAGUGUACCGGUGAAGGACGGACGGACCGUCUAGGUAGUUGUGCGCGCCGGGCGGCGAGCAACAUGGAGAACGCGCUGGAACGUCGGACUGUCGCGUAGUGAACCGGCGAGGAAAAGAGAGAGAUAGAGAGAUCAUAUCGUCUCGUCGCUCGCCGUUGUCGCGCCGUUUAAAUGACACGGCACGAUGACGCGGUCGAAGAUCCAGAAGCUGAAGUUCUUCGUAUUCCUGCUGAUCUUCCUGCUGGCGCAGACGGCGGUCUGCGACGGGAUCGUUCGGGAGAAGAGGGACGCGCCGUCGACGAACGUGAACGGGAGAGCGGCCGUCCCCGUCGCGGACGUGAACGCUGGCACGAAGAACGAGAGGUUGCCUGACGAUAAGGACGGCCAGAGAAACGCGGCCGCUCCGCCGUCCGUCGACGCGAGGAAGCCGGCGCCCGAAGGUAACAGGACGCACGACGUGCGUAUAACCUCGAAGGCGCCGGACGUUGCAAACAAAACUGCGCACACCGUGGACACGUCCAAUGAGUCCAGCGAGGGUCACACGUCCUUCAACACUGGUGCUCUUUUACGUGGUUUCUUAGUCUUCGUGGGACUAAGCAUCCUUGUCAUGGCCUACAUCGUGUUCCGUAGCUUUAGGUUAAGUAAGACACGCGCCCAGUUGGUACGAAAAUACGGUGUUCUCACGCACAGGCAGGACGUUGAGAUGCGACCGUUGCCGCUGGAAGAGGAGGACGAUGAAGACACAACGGUUUUCGAUGCGAGCAACGUCGUGACGAUCAACGCUCAGCAUCAGAACAUAUAAGACGUGUCUGACACACGGUGAACUUAUAACGUUGCGUUUAUAUUAUAUGUCAUUCGUGUAAUGUUCUCCGACAUCGUGCGAUUUUAAUAACAUUUCAACUAACUUUAUUGCGAUCUCGUGAUAUGGGUACACAAUAAGACUAUCAAUUGCGAAACAGAUCGAGGCAUUUUUCAACGUCUUAAAAGUUAUUUGCUUUGCGCGGCAAGAUCAUUAACGUCAAACAUGCAUCUGUGAUGCACUUAUCAUUAACAUUGUGCUUGUCAGCAGUAGAUGUACUUUUCAUAAAAAAAAACAAGACAAAAAAAGAAAAAAUACAAAAUAUUUCUACCAACACUCUCCACCCUGUUAAUGCUACUAUGUGAUAACACGAAAUUUUAGAUAUAUAUCGUCUAAGGAGAAGAGUUAAUGGGUGGCAAUAUCUCUCUACUCUUGUACAGAUUAUAUUUUAAUUAAUCUCUACGUUGUUGUAAUUAAAAUUAUACAAAAAGACAA